GGUGCGCUGUGUCCCUCGGACACAGCAGAUCACCGAUCAUGGAAAGAGCCAAAGAUGUCGGCUCGGUGAUGUUAUCAGCUGUGUCCAAUCACAUCUGAUCACAUGUACACUGAUCAUCAGGGCACUGAUGAUCAGUGUGCCCUGAUGAUCAGUGUAGCCCCAGCGGUGCCACCUGUUAGUGUCCAUCAGUGCCUUAUGUCAGUGCUCAUCAGUGCCUUGUGCCAGUGCCCAUCAGUGCCACAUAUCAGUGCCUACCAGUGCACAUCAAUGCCACAUAUCAGUGCCCAUCUGAGCUGCCUUUCAGUGUCACCCAUCAGUGCCAGUCAGUGCCACCUAUCAAUGCCAAUCAGUGCCACCUAUCAGUGCGUCAGUGCCGCCUAUCGGUGCCAGUAAGUGCUGCCUAUCAGUGCCUGUCAAUGCCGCCUAACAGUGCCCAUCAGUGCCACCUAACAGUGCC